AUGCCAAGCAGCAACGGGUAUACUUACAAGAGUUCUGGAACCAAUGGCCAGCGGCAGGGUAAUCACUAUUGCGCCCGCGACUAUGGAAGCAGUUCUUCAAAUCAGAACUCAUACCAUUAUUCCAACAUAAAUGGCUCGUAUUACUAUGCCAACCCAACCGGCAGCAAGUAUUAUAACAACGGCAAUGGCGGGUCGACAUUCGCUUCGGCCAGUGGGUACCGGACUUGCUCCGGAUACGGAAAGAAUGUUGGCAUGAAGUAA